CUUAAUCAUAGUAUUUCUUUGCUGAUUGCGACAAUGGAUAUGAACUGCACAGUUACGCAGCAGAAGCUAUCGAUCCGCAACAAGCAUGGAGAGAAACUCGUUGGCACAUUGCACGAUACUGCCUCUCCUCAGCUCGUUCUUCUCUGCCAUGGUUUUCGAUCCUCGAAGAACGACGAGAUCUUGCUGAGUAUCGCUGCUGCUUUAGAAAAAGCAGGAAUCAGUGCUUUUCGCUUGGAUUUCUCCGGAAACGGGGAAAGUGAAGGUACUUUCCAGUUUGGAAACUACUCAAAGGAGGUUGAAGACAUAAGAUCUGUGGUUGAGUACUUCAUUGGAUCAAACCGCUCUCCAAUUGCAAUUGUUGGUCACAGUAAAGGUGGGGAUGGUGUCAUUCUGUAUGCAUCCAAAUAUCACGAUAUACCUGCCGUAGUAAAUCUUUCCAAUCCUAUUGAUCUCAGAAGAGGAAUGGAGGACCGGUUUGGUGAAGAUAUCUUCGACAGACUCAAGAAGGAUGGAUAUGUGGAUGUUGAAUCCAAGACAGAUGAUUUUGUGUACCGUCUCACUCAAGAAAGCAUGACGGAGCGACUCAAUACAGACAUGCGUGAAGCCUGCCUUUCACUUGAUGCGAACUGCAGGGUGCUGACAGUGCACGGGACAGCCGAUGAGGUUAUCCCGGUUGGAGAUGCAUAUGAGUUCGCCAAGGUGAUACGAAACCAUCAGCUGAUAAUCAUACCGGGAGCCAAUCACGGAUUCUCUUCACAUCAAGAAGAGAUGGUCUCAGCUGUUCUGCCUUUCCUUAAGGAUUGCAUGAGCCGCGCCUCCACUCAGGUUGAUCAUGUGGAGGGUGGAGUGCAAUGACUGAUUGAAAAAUGCAAUGAUCAAAUCCUCCUAAAUAAUAGUGCACCAUCCUUUGUUCUUGUGAAAAGACUUGGGCAAGUUUGAACUUUCUAAAUUUCAAGACAAGAGGUUUAAGAUGCAUAUUUGUGGUUGUUUACAAACUACUGUCAACAUUUCCCAAUCAAAUCUCUGCUUUUUUGAUU